GACCCGAGAGGACGUGCGCGUGCGCGUGUGCGGCCGCCGCUCUACGUGAGAGGGCAGCGGAAAAGGACAGAGAGCGCGGGAGGGGCUGGAGCCUCGGACCUGUGCAGACGGGGUUGUGCUUCGGAACGGCGGAGGGGAAGGGGGCGGGUCCAGCAGGCGGCGUGUGCAGGUGCCCUGCGCCUGAGCCCCGCGGGGGGUCUGUGGCCCUCGCUGCCGCAGUGGCCGCUGCUGUAGCUUGGUUGCCGUCGUCUGAGGGAGGCGGGUUAUGGCGACGGCGGCAGUGGGAGCUGUGAAUGAGUUCUCCGGGUGGACGAGGGAAGAAGAAAGGCUCCGGCGGCCCCAGCAGCCCGGUGCCUCGCAGGCCUCCGCCCCCCUGCCCGGCCCCCGCCCCUCCCGUCGCCGGGCCGGCCCCUCCGCCGCCCUCGGCCCCUAAGCGGAACCUGUAUUACUUCUCCUACCCCCUGUUCGCAGGCUUCGCGCUGCUGCGCCUGGCGGCCUUCCACCUGGGGCUCCUCUUCGUGUGGCUCUGUCAGCGCUUGUCCCGCGCCCUCAUGGCCGCCAAGAGGAGCUCCCGGGCUGCGCCGGCGCCGGCCUCGGCCUCGCCUCCGGCCCCGGAGCCGGGCGGGGAGGCCGAGCGCGUCCGAGCCUUCCACAAACAGGCCUUCGAGUACAUCUCCGUUGCCCUGCGCAUCGACGAGGACGAGAAAGCAGGACAGAAGGAGCAAGCUGUGGAAUGGUAUAAGAAAGGUAUCGAAGAACUAGAAAAAGGAAUAGCUGUCAUAGUUACAGGACAAGGUGAACAAUGUGAAAGAGCUAGACGUCUUCAAGCAAAAAUGAUGACUAAUUUGGUUAUGGCCAAGGAUCGUUUACAACUUCUAGAGAAGCUGCAACCGGUUUUGCAAUUUUCCAAGUCACAAACGGACGUCUAUAAUGACAGUACUAACUUGACAUGCCGAAAUGGACAUCUCCAGUCAGAAAGUGGAGCUGUUCCAAAAAGAAAAGAUCCCUUAACACACGCUAGUAAUUCACUGCCUCGCUCAAAAACAGUUAUGAAAACUGGAUCCACAGGUCUUUCAGGUCACCACAGAGCACCUAGUUGCAGUGGUUUAUCCAUGGUUUCUGGAACGAGACAGGGGCCUGGUCCUACAACAGCGGCUCAUAAGGGCACUCCAAAAAUAAACAGAACAAAUAAGCCUUCAACCCCUACAACUGCUGCUCGAAAAAAGAAAGACUUGAAGAAUUUUAGGAAUGUGGAUAGCAACCUUGCUAACCUUAUAAUGAAUGAAAUUGUGGACAAUGGGACAGCUGUUAAAUUUGAUGAUAUAGCUGGUCAAGAGUUGGCAAAACAAGCAUUGCAAGAAAUUGUUAUUCUUCCUUCUCUCAGGCCUGAGUUGUUUACAGGGCUUAGAGCACCUGCCAGAGGAUUAUUACUCUUUGGUCCACCUGGAAAUGGGAAGACAAUGCUGGCUAAAGCAGUAGCUGCAGAAUCUAACGCAACAUUUUUUAAUAUCAGUGCUGCAAGUUUAACUUCAAAAUAUGUGGGAGAAGGCGAGAAAUUGGUGAGAGCUCUUUUUGCUGUGGCUCGAGAACUUCAACCUUCUAUAAUUUUUAUAGAUGAAGUUGAUAGCCUUUUAUGUGAAAGAAGAGAAGGGGAGCAUGAUGCUAGUAGACGUCUAAAGACUGAAUUUCUAAUAGAAUUUGAUGGUGUACAGUCUGCUGGAGAUGACAGAGUACUUGUAAUGGGUGCAACUAACAGACCACAAGAGCUUGAUGAGGCUGUUCUCAGGCGGUUCAUCAAACGGGUAUAUGUGUCUUUACCAAAUGAGGAGACAAGACUACUUUUACUUAAAAAUCUGUUAUGUAAACAAGGAAGUCCAUUGACCCAAAAAGAACUAGCACAACUUGCUAGAAUGACUGAUGGAUACUCAGGAAGUGAUCUAACAGCUUUGGCAAAAGAUGCAGCACUGGGACCUAUCCGAGAACUGAAACCAGAACAGGUGAAGAAUAUGUCUGCCAGUGAGAUGAGAAAUAUUCGAUUAUCGGACUUCACUGAAUCCUUGAAAAAAAUAAAACGCAGUGUGAGCCCUCAAACUUUAGAAGCAUACAUACGAUGGAACAAGGACUUUGGAGAUACCACUGUUUAAAGAAAUGCCUUUGUAAGCCUGCAGAACAUUUACUUAACAAGAGAGAAUCAUUUGAUCUUCAGUGAACAGUUAUCAGCUACAGAAACUUAGCCUAAGUUUACAGGACUUUUCAGAGUCUUAUAGUUAUUUGUGUACCAAACUUGAACAAGAAAACAAUAUACAAUGUGAAUGGAAUGUUUUGUUGUUUAAGGCCUUCUUGGCUUGGUGGUCACGGUAUCUCAAUGGGCACUUAAAUUAGAACACAACAAAAACCAAAUCUGGUCUUCUUUAACCAAUAUAAUCCUAGUGUAAAUAGUAAUUUGUAUACUGUGUUGCAGGUGAAAGUAUUCCAGAGACAGUGAAGGGUAGAAGACACAAAGGCCUGUGGUUGUCUGUCUUCUAAUGUUUUUCUUAAAAUAGUGAUUUUUCAUAUUUUCCUUUCCUGUGUUUUUCUUAACUGCCUGUGAUUGGAAUACCAAUCACCUUUAAGUUUCCUUUUUUCCUUUUCCUUUUACAAAUCCAGAGUGCCAAAUCGAACUUUUUCCUAACAGCAAUAGGAAAAGGCUAUUUUGAGGAUUUUUUCUUCAUAAAUCUGCAGACGUUAAACAGUUUUAUGUUUUUAUUUUUCUGUUACCUUGCUGCCAAAUAAUUUAGAAAGCAAUAUAAUAGCAACAAAGCAAAUCUGGUAAAAUAGAAAAGGUUUGAAGAUUUGAGUUUCUCCGUCAUAUAAUAUGUAGAUCUGUCCUCUUAUGACCUGCACUAUUUUUUUUCCUAAUGUCAGGAAUCUGCUGCAGACUGUUAAUUUAUUCCAGAUGGAAUUCAUUUUCUGCUAAAAUUCUGAUACUCAAAGGAGCCAAUUUUAACUGUUACAAUAGUAGCUCCAGUACAAGAAGAAGGAGAUACUGGGAGAUAAGAAAUUUCUAAUUCAUUGUUUAUCACUUUCUUACUGUUUACAGGAUAAUUAUAAGCCAAUGGAACUACCAUCUUUUAUUCUUAAUAAUUAUGAAUCCCUUCAAUGAAACUAAAACACUGAAUUUUUAUAUACAUUGCAUACAUUUUAUAGGUUUCUUGUGCUCACUUUACUAAAAGUUAUAGUCUGUAUGUCUAGUUUCUCCAAAAUGUACAGCAAUUGUUUCUUGUUUGUAUAAAUAUGCUUGAAUUUUUAUUAUAAAAAUGUUCAUUGUAGGAAGUAGAGAUGCAUAUCAUGGCCUUUAAAAUAUUGUAAUAAAGGCAAAUGGAUAUUUGCCCUUAGUUUACUGGUUAAAA